CAGUUCCAACUUGCUGAAUAAUUUAUAUUUCUGCUCAUAUUCAAGAGAACAGGGAUUUGCAAACUUUGUGUGUUACCAUUGUGCUGGAAAGCCAUUGAAGACCUCUCAUCCAGAGUAGAUGGAGUUCUUUGAAAAUAAACCCGUCAAAUUAUUUGUGAAAAUGAUGAAUUCGGAAGGUAGAACUAUAGAAAUUGAUGUGUAUUCUAAUGGUUUAAUAAAGUCUAUCCACGAGCAAAUUCUAAAUAAAGAGAAAAUUCCAGUUACGGAACAGAUAUUAUUUCAUGACGGGAAGCAACUAGAGCGGUGGCAGACACUUGAAGACUGCUCAAUUGAAAACGAAGCUUGCCUCGAGCUGAUGGUUGGACUUGUAUGGGAUGACUCGGACGAAUCAUCAGCACUUCUCCAAAUGAUUCACGAAACGAGUUCAAAUAUUUGUCGCAUGUGCCGAGGGGGACCCGUCUCCAUGGAUCGAGUUGACAGGAAGACCAUUGAAGUUUUGAUGUCCAUAAGAGAAGGGAAUUCGGAGAUUCUUGAUUUGUAUUCUAUCCCUGCAACUUUGGUUAUGCUUUAUAGCUCACCAAUUGAAGGUAACAAAGGGUAUGGUGAUUUUCUCAUAAGGUUUACCAUGGAUCUCAUAUUGAUGAGCACAGAUAAUAUUCUUGGUGAUGAAAACAAAUUUUUAGCGUUAGAAUUUUGUCAUUUGCUAAGGAAUGAAGCAUCUGAUGACGAUCCUUUGUAUCAAUCAUGCCGGACAACUCUAAGAGAGUUGUUAGAAAGAGGUAAUUAUGAGAUCGAUUUCAAUUAUGGGCCACGCUCAAUGCUUCAAAUCGUACCCUUUGUUGUCGAGUUGGUAGCACCCUUGCGGAGUGGACUAGGUUGGGCCUUCUAUCCAGGUGCGCACAUUCAGUUGUUUAAAAUUCAAUUUCGCGAGUUCCAUACAUUUUCUUGUGUAUUACGUAAAGCAAUUGAUAAUCUGAAAAAAGCCAAUGAGGAUGAUGAGUGUAAGAUUAUGAUUAUUCUUUCAUCGACGGCAAUUAAAGUUAUUUUUCAUGGCCUUUUGAAACAAAUGGAGGACCAUCUCAGUCGUUUGCCAGUUAUAACACAAAUAUUUGAAUCAAAUGAUGUUGUGAGUUCUGUUUCAUCCCUGUAUCUGACGAUUCUCAAUGAAUUGAAUAGCAUAUCUCAACUUGUGGAGGGUGCUGCAGAAGAAUUUCGGCAUGUAUUAGAGGACAAAAAGAUUUCACUACAACUAAUGGUUAAAAACGCUACAAGGAAAGAUGAUUACGAUUGGCUUCUUGAGCAUAGUGCUUUGCUUGAUUCUGAAUCCAGGAUGCAUUUGGUAAUGAUGAAGAUGAUCUCUGAGGAAAAAUUACGCGAUGCAGGGCUCUACAAGCCUAUCAUUCUUAGGUGCAAAAAUCUGUUUAAGGCGUUCAAAAAUAAGGAUCUUAUGAAUCGUGAAGUAUUGCAGGAUUGGUUAUGCAAGUUAUGCCAAGCCUUAUUCAAACCACAAAAUCUCCUUUUCUUGGCGUGUCCAAAUGAUCCUACAAAGUUCUAUCCUAAUCCUGAAUUGAAGCCACAACCAUUACACUUGGACUAUUUUGAAAUUUCUGGUAUGGUGAUUGCACUGGCAUUGAUGCAUGAGGUACACGUAGGCGUUGCCUUUCAUCGUGUGUUUCUUUUGCAAGUGGCUGGAAAGGAUAUUUCCGCAGAGGACGUAAGGGAUGCAGUUCCAUCUUUUUACAAGGCCAAGGAACCUUUACUUGAUAAUCAUCAAAUUCUGAAUGAAUUCCUCAAGUCAGUCUCUGAACAGAUAAGCUUUUUCACAAAAGGCUUUGAUAGUGUUUUUGGAAAAUCAAUCAUCCAACUGCUAUCUCAUGGCAGAAUAGAGCUUGAAGAUCUUAACCAGGUUCUGAAAGGAAACUUAAAUCUUGAAUUUAAUUCUGGUAAGAAGAGAAAACGUGACCACAAUGAAAGUGAUCCUCUGAUUUCGUCCCAGGACAAUGAAAGCGAUCCUCUAAUGUCCCAGUUCUUGAAGGCUAAUAAACAAAAACUUAAUAUUCCAAAGUGGCAAAAGGGUAAGAUUCUUGGAGAAGGGGGUUUCGGAAAAGUGUAUGAAGGAUAUGCUCCAAGUGGUUUCUUUUUUGCUGUAAAGGAAAUGGAAAUCAAAGAUGAAGGGACGAUUGACAAAAUUGAUCAUGAGAUUGAUUUAUUAUGUCAACUAAGACAUCCAAAUAUAGUCAAAUUUUAUGGCAUGGAGAGACGUCAAUCGAAGGUCCAUAUUUUUCUUGAGCUUGUAAGUAGAGGUUCUAUUAAACAAGUAUAUAAAAGUUUUGAUCUGGAAGAUUCCCAAGUGUCCCACUACACCAAACAGAUACUGGAGGGUUUGAAGUAUCUCCAUGAAAGAAAAGUCGCCCACAGAGACAUCAAAUGUGCAAAUAUACUGGUGAAUGAUAAAGGACGUGUGAAAAUUGCAGAUUUUGGAUUGGCAAAGGUACUAGAAUUAAAUGCUCUUAUGAAAUCUAGCUGUGGGACAACAAGCUGGAUGGCUCCCGAGGUCAUUGAAAAAAACAAAGAGUAUGGGUUUAAAGCUGAUAUUUGGAGCCUUGGCUGCACUGUCUUGGAGAUGUUAACGUGGAAGAGUCCUUACUCUCAUUUGACAUGUGGGACUACAACUCUAGAAUGUGAGAUUGAAAAUGGGAAACUGCCAGAUCUUCCUGAUUUUCUGUCAGACCUUUCACGAGAUUUUAUCACGAAGUGCCUUAAAUUUAAUCCAGAUGAUCGUCCAACUGCGGCUGAGCUUUUGCAACAUCCUUUUGUGACAGGUUCUAGCUUUUAGCAUUUUCAUAUUUUAAUCAACUCCGUUAAAACUUUUCUUCAGCUUAAAA